AUGUGAGGGAAAGAUCAGCCUGGAGGGAGGCGUAAAGCAGAAGUUUCUUUUACUAAAGGAAGAAGAUUUAUUAAGGUUCUUUAUAUAUUGGCGACCUUAUGGUGCAGUCUCAGUUUUACAUCUGCUAAGGUGUACUUGGAGUCGGAUAUUACUUGUACUAAUAGGUCAGAAUCAAUGCAGGUUUAUAUACAGUCCAAGACCAGAGGGACGACAAAGAUGAUCAGAACUAUUGAUUCAACUCAGGAUAUUAUUGUAUGUGGGACUUUUGAGACGGAGAAAGGUAUUGGCGCACGGAUCCAAGAGAUUGGUCAAAUUAGCUGGGGGUACCUAUUUCCAAUUCCCUGCCAAGUUUUUGCCCUUGAUUCCAAGCAAGAGAACAUCAUGUUUGGUCUGAAGUUUGUUAAUCGAGGAAUUGAGUUUCAUAAUAUUAAGGCUUCUGAUGGCUCAAAGAACUAUAUUUAUGAAUACCAGAAUGAGAAUAUUCAGGAUAUUGACUAUGCUGCUUUCAAUAGUGAUUACUAUUGGUUUGUGUUUCAUGAAAAUACCACGACAGAUAUUAGCUAUAUUAUUAAAAUCUCCAAGACAAGGAGGUUUGUAUAUAAGGGAUCAACCCAGUCAGCAUUCAAGGGUAUAACCUUUCCUUCUUCAAACCCAAUUUUUGUUGGACACACUCUGGCGAAUCAGCCAUUCUUGAUCCAGAUGAAUUCAACUUCCUUUAAGGGGUUGUGGAACUUGACACUAACAAACGUGGUAUCAAACCAGAUGAUGGUCCGGAAUAAGGCAGAUGAGGACCUUAAGUGUAUUUGGGCUAUGAAUAAUAUAACCAACAAUGCUUUGAUCAUUAUGGGUCUCAACAGCAACGACUCUUCAGUCAUGUGGACUACCACUUAUAAGAAGAAGUUUGAGUAUCCUAACCUAGCCUGGGCUCCUGUCUUUGAAGAAUAUGUUCUUGUUGGAAGAGAUCCAGAUAAUUCAAGACAUUGAUUCAUGAGAUUUAAGGAGAGUAAUGGCCAUAUGACUUACUUGUUCUGCACUGCUGUAUCGAGUGAGAGUACCUAUAGUAUUGAGACAUCAAGCUUACAUCUUGAUACUAGAACCUCGAUUUAUAUUGGAGGGCAAAUCAAGAGUGAAAACUUCUUUUAUUACAGGACUGGAGCUGAAAUGGGAGAUAGUUGAUGAGUAUUUGCUAAUUCUACUCUUUCAAAAUCUACAGAAUUUAGUCAGAGCGAUAUCACAGCAACUCAGGGAAAUCAUUCUUUAGCAUGGUCUCUCUUCUUAGAUGGAAGAUGGAUUAAUAGAACUAGUAGAGAGGUUGAAUUAGAUUCAUCAUUAAAAUGAACAUAUGACUGUUAUCCUCUAUACAAGUUACCUCUGAUCCGUGAUAGACAUUACACCCAAAGAUUUAUGGAGACUCUUCCUUCUAUCUGCCCUGGGUAUGAUCAAAAUAACAUAACUAACACUACUGCGUUUACUUUUGAGGCACUGGAAGCAACGAUGGCUACAAACAAUACUAGUAUUCGGUAUUUAAACAAGAGUUAUGCUUCCCAUCAAGUGUCCUCAUUUUGGAUGGAUCAGGGAACCUACGAUUUCACUCUAACUAUGUACAAUCAAUCCGAUCCGGAUGCGAAGAUGAGCAUUCAUUUCCAAGCACAAAUUGAGCUGACCUGGUUUAUGCUCAUUAGUAUUAUUGUGGUCUACAUUGUUUACACUGCCAUAGGAGUCCAUGCUGUUAUGAUUAAGGAUUAUUACGCAUUUAAAAACUUAGUAUACACAGGACAGCUUAUCCAUCUUGUGGCUCUGAUGGCUAGGAACCUACCACCCCCAUUUGUGUACUUCUGCCAAAGGAUGAGCAUAUUUGGGAUGAUUGAAGGAAUAUUCUCGAAGAAGUUUUUACUAGGAUCCUUUAAUUUUAUGACAGAGGAUAACUAUUAUCUAAUGAAUUAUGAGACAUCUUCCUUCUUUGCAAACCAAGCCUUAUCUAUUAUACUCAUUUUGCUAGCACUCGCUGUUUUUGUCAUUCGAGAAGUCAUCUCUCAAUUUUGCCAGAAAAAUGAGAAAGAAGACAAAAAUGAUAUUGUUGAUGUGUUUGAUUCCGCUAACAGCAAGACUAUUAAUCUGAAGCAUCUGUUGAAGAUGGAAGGACCUGUCAUUCAUAUAUCAAAAAGGUUCAUCUUUAAUGUCUUCGCUAUUUUGUACCCUUACCUCAUCCUGCAUGCUUUGAUGGAUAUUAUAAAUAUUGAUAAUAGAGGGAUGAUGAAGAAAAUCUCCUUUUUAAUGGGUCUUUUCUUCGGUCUAGCUGCAUUCAAAAUCUCCCUUGUUAUGUGUGCAUUCUCAUAUGUGAGGUAUAAGGAGCAGUCAGCCAAGAAAGACAUUCCUGAAGAAACUUACGAUAACUUGUUCUCAAACUUCUCUACUACCAAUAUGGUUCGUUCUCAUGUGAUUUUCUGGCUCAAAAGGUUUACUUUAGUCUUACUAGUGGUAAUUAGCCCUGCUUUCCCACCUUACUACUGCAUAAUUGCUGGUUUUAUACACUCAUUGGUGUUUGUAAGUUACGAGCUGGAUUACCAAGCCACAACCAGUAAGCUAGAGACCCUGUAUUUAAUCUUGUUCAAUGGGCCAUACAUUAUUAUAGCCUUUGUUUCAAUGCUAAUGGAAGGUACAUAUAUCUCUUAUAGUCACAAAUACAUAACUUCUCAGGUGAUGAUGUUCCUGUGUCUGCUGUGUUUCUUGCUAAUGAUUCCUUUAAGACUCUAUGAUAUUCAUAAGUACAAGCCAAAACAAAUGAAGAAGAGAAAAGACAUCUCAGUUGAAAGAUUGCCGAGCUCGUUUAAUCAGUCUUCUACUAUUGGACUCAAGCAAAAGUCUCUCUCAGUGUCUGAAUAUUCAGAAGAUGACUACAAGAAUGAUGAGAGUGUUGUCUCUCAAGAAAAAUCCUCUAUCAGGGAAGAAUCUAACUAUGAAGAUUCUCCAAGUGCUGCCUCUAGACCAAGCUAUAACUGGAAAAAGAGGCUAGGCAAUGGAAACCAGGGAGAUACUAUUGAGUCUCACAAGUUUUCUUCAAUGAAACAAACUGCAAAGUUUAUUCCAGAAGAAUCAGAUAAAUUCCCAGGAAAGAGUGUUAAAAGCCCACAUGGAGUCCCCGAAGAGCCUGGAUUCUCAAUUGAAGAGGAAGAGAAGGAGGGUUCUGUGAGUCUUUCUAAGUCUAGUCCUUCAAAGUCCAAAAACUCGCCAAUGAAAAAGACUUUCAAGUUGCCUCCUAUUUAA